GUUCUCGGCCCAGUCUGGCGGCUCACUGGGACAGGUGUGUUUGUGUUUGUGCAACUGUUUGCGUGCGCCGGCUGACGGCACCUGAGUCACUCCACUGAGCCGGCCAGUCCAGCCGGGCCAGGAGCCGCCAAGAGCCAUGGCUUAAAAGCAACUCCCACCAUUCGAGGGCAGUUCAUUUGCCCACCAAAUGGCGUCCAGAACGCAGUCGCCCCUUCUGCCGUCGUUGAUGCUGCUGCUCUCCGUCCUCGGAGGAACGCGGGCUGAUCCCAACCGACUCCUGCUCCAGCAACUCAACCAGGUCGGCUUCGUCAACCUUCUGGAUCAGGCCGUGCGCCCCAGUGUUCCCCACGACCAGAAGGCCUACGACUUCAUUGUGGUCGGAUCUGGGGCGGCGGGGUGCGCCGUCGCCGCCCGCCUCUCGGAGAACCCCGACUGGACCGUGGCCCUGAUCGAGGCGGGGGGCGUGGAGAACAUAGCCCACCACACGCCCGUCCUGGCCGGCUACCUGCAGGAGACCUCCUCCAACUGGGGCUACAAGUCGGUGCCCCAGAAGUUCUCCUGCCGGGGCAUGAACAACAACGAGUGCGCCCUGCCGCGUGGCAAGGUCCUCGGCGGCACCAGCUCCAUCAACUACAUGAUCUACAACCGCGGUAACCGGAGGGACUACGACGGGUGGGCGGCGGCCGGCGCCAAGGGCUGGAGCUACGAGGAGGUGCUGCCCUACUUCCUGCGCAGCGAGAACGCCCAGCUGCAGGGCUUGGAGCACUCUCCCUACCACAACCACAGUGGCCCGUUGAGCGUGGAGUACGUCCGGUUCCGCACCAAGCUGGUGGACGCCUUCGUGGGCGCCUCCGUGGAGGCGGGUCUGCCCCUCACGGACUACAAUGGCGAGUCCCAGAACGGGGUCUCCUAUGUCCAAGCCACAACUCUGAACGGCAGGAGGCACUCGGCGUACUCCGCCUAUAUAAAGCCCAUCCGGGACCUGCGCCCCAACCUGCACAUCUUCACCUUCGCCAGGGUCACCCGCGUGCUCAUCGACGCGCCCACCAAGUCCGCCUACGGCGUGGAGUUCCUCCUCAAGAACAAGUCCUACAUUUUCAAGGCCCGCAAGGAGGUGAUCCUCUCGGCCGGCGCAUUCAACUCGCCCCAGAUCCUGAUGCUCUCGGGGAUCGGGCCGGAGGACAACCUGAAGGCCAUCGAGGUGCCGAUCGUCCAGACCCUGCCCGUGGGCCGGCGGAUGUUCGACCAUAUGUGCCACUUCGGACCCACCAUCGUCACCAACACCACCGGCGAGACGACCUUCACCUCACGGGUCACUCCCGCGGAGGUGGUGUCCUACCUCCUGGCCGGGAACCCGGCCACCCGCAUGAGCUCCAUCGGCGGCGUGGAGGCGCUGGCCUUCCUCAACCUGGAGCGCUCGAAGCUGCCGCGGGACUGGCCGGACGUGGAGCUCAUCAUGGUCUCCGGCAGCCUGGCCAGCGACGAGGGCACGGGCCUCAAGCUGGGCGCCAACUUCAAGGACGAGGUCUACGACAAGCUGUACCGGCCCCUGGCCCAGCAGCAGAGGGACCACUUCACCCUCCUGGUGAUGCAGUUCCACCCCAAGUCCGUGGGCCGUCUGUGGCUGCGGGAUCGCAACCCCCUGCGCUGGCCCGUCAUCGACCCCAAGUACUUCAAGGACGAGGAGGACGUCGAGUUCCUGCUAGACGGCAUUAAGGCCAGCCUGCGGAUCCUCGAGAUGCCGGCCAUGCAGAGGAUCGGCGCCAGGCUGCUCAGGAGCCCCGUCCCAGGCUGCGAGAAGCUGGAGUUCGGCUCCGACGACUACUGGCGGUGCUCCAUCAGGACCCUGUCCUACACCCUGCACCACCAGGUGGCCACCUGCCGCAUGGGACCCGCAUCCGAUCCCACCACCGUGGUGGAUCCCGAGCUCAAGGUGCACGGGGUGAGGCGGCUCCGGGUGGUGGACACCAGCAUCAUCCCAGUGCCGCCCACGGCCCACACCAAUGCGCCGGCCUUCAUGAUCGGCGAGAAGGCCGCGGACAUGAUUCGGCGGGAAUGGAUCUGAGCCACCGGACACUAAUGGAAUAGAAGCUAUAAGCCCCCAGCUAUAACCUACGAUAACCCUAAACGAUAUCUCCACCAAAAAGUAAACUAAACCCGUAAGAAUCCACACUGGGAGACUGCUAAUGGGCGGGGUAUCAGAUCCAAACCGGGUCUCUCGUAGCUCCCCAACUGAGGGAGCUUUCCAGUUCUGUAACUGGAUCUGCGUCACCUUCAGGCAGCCUUUAAGCAUUUAUUAGAUGAGUUAUGUAUCGCAGCCUUCCACUUAUCUCGGCGGGUAUUACUUCAUUGGCGUUAUCCAAAAUUAAUGCGCUUUCCGAUAACCGGUCGGCCCAUUUGAUAUAUCAGUUCAAUCACACAGUUACCGGGUUUUUCGAACUCGCUUUACUUUAUUUAUAAUUAACUUUGCACUUAUGGAUGUUCCGGUCUCAUUAGCUUUCGGAUGCAGGUUUCUACUCUCCCCGGCGAUUCGUUGCAGCCACGGUGGUUAAUGUCCAAGGCA